UGUCGGCGGUCGCUGCCAAAGGGAAGUGAGUUGGGGCUGGAGCGAUGGCCCGGGUCUGGAGCCCGCGGACGCCGCCGCCGCCGCCGCCGCCGCCGCCACCAGCGAGUCGGGAGCAGGGGCGGCCGCAGCCGGAGCGGGGGCCGGAGUCGCGGCUGCAGUGGAGGCGGCGCGUGUGAGUUGCCGAGAGUCGCCCGUGCCGGAACACCUCGAACUCUGGGUGGGAGCGCUUCAGGUGGGCUGAGCCGCCGUCGCCCCUCCUCACCGCGCCCCCAGGCCCAGACAGCAGGGCUGGGGUCUCCCGAGGCGCGGGACUGGCUCCUCUCAGGCCAAGCCCUCCAGGCCGGGCUCUGGGUCUUCCUCGGCCUCUGGCUUCCUUGAAACUCAGGCCGGAGGCCGGAGGACGGUGAUCAUCUCAGACUCAGGCAUUUUCUCUGUCGGGGUUGUAGCGGCUGGGAGCCCCCUCCUGCUGCCAGCUAGGGAGGGAACAGCGCCUUCCCAGCGUCUCGCUCUGCAUCUCCCCCUCUCCUCCCAUUGAAGAACAAGUUUCUUUUUUUCUCUGCAUUGGAAAUUCUACCCCGGAAGUCCAAAACACCCAUCUGUGUCCUUCCCCAGCUCCUGGAGCACCCUUAGAAAUACUAUAUACUGACCAGGUCUGAGAGUCUCUUGACUUGACUUUUUAUUCUCUUUGGGAGACAAAGGUUCCCCCCUCGUCCACGUCCAACACCCCCUUCGGUAACUGACAGUGCAUGCCUAGGGCUUUAUCCAUUUGGAUCACCAGCUCCCUGGCCAUCUUUAUGUGACUUCCCCUACCCAUCUGAGUUACGGUUUCCUCUGGGCUCCAAUCUCCAGCCCCCAGCGGAUCUGGUCAGUCCCACUCCUGGGUGGGACUGACCAGAGGGGCUCUGGCCCAGGAUUCCUCACCCUGGAAGGCGGCUCCAAGGCCUCGAGAGAACUGGGCGUCGGGUACGAACCUGGCAGCUCAGGAGUGGGUGCUCCACUUACCCCACACAAGAAGAUGAAAAAGCGCAAAGAGCUCAAUGCACUGAUCGGCUUGGCUGGGGACAGCCGGAGAAAGAAGCCCAAGAAAGGCUCAGGCCACCGCCUGCUUCGCACCGAGCCUCCUGACUCAGACUCUGAGUCCAGCUCAGAGGAGGAAGAGGAAUUUGGUGUAGCUGGAAAUCGCUCUCGCUUUGUCAAGGGAGACUAUUUGCGAUGCUGCAGGAUCUGUUACCCCCUCUGUGCUUUCGUCAUCCUUGCCGCCUGCGUCGUGGCCUGUGUUGGCUUGGUGUGGAUGCAAGUUGCUCUGAAGGAGGAUCUGGAUGCCCUCAAGGAAAAAUUUAGAACAAUGGAAUCUAAUCAGAAAAGCUCAUUCCAAGAAAUUCCCAAACUUAACGAAGAACUACUCAGCAAACAAAAACAACUUGAGAAGAUUGAAUCUGGAGAGCUGGGAUUGAACAAAGUCUGGAUAAACAUCACAGAAAUGAAUAAGCAGAUUUCUCUGCUGACUUCUGCAGUAAACCACCUCAAAGCCAAUGUCAAGUCAGCUGCAGACUUAAUUAGCCUGCCUGCCACUGUAGAGGGACUUCAGAAGAGUGUUGCUUCCAUUGGCAAUACUUUAAACAGCGUCCAUCUUGCUGUGGAGGCAAUACAGAAGACUGUGGACGAACACAAGAAAACCAUGGAGUCACUGCAGAGUGAUAUGAAUCAGCACGCCUUAAAGGAAACCAGUGGAAGCAACCAGAUCAUUCCAUCACCGUCAGCUACAUCUGAACUUGACAGUAAAACCCACAGUGAGAAUUUGAAACAGGAUAUCCUGUACCUCCACAACUUUUUAGAGGAGGUAAACAGUGCCCUAGUGGGGUACCAGAGAGAGAAUGAUCUUAAACUCAAGGGGAUGAAUGAGACAGUCAGUAAUCUUACCCAGAGAGUCAACUUGAUAGAAAGAGAUCUGAUUGCUAUGAGCAAGGUAGAAAAGCGAGCGAACCUGUCCUUCAGCAUGAUGAAUGAUAGAGCUGCCACUCUGAAGAGAGAGUCUUUGCAUCAAGUGACCAACAGAACAGAGUCAGUAAAAUCCCAGAGCAUAAAGAAAGAAGAUAGUUCAGAUUCUCAGGUAUCCAAGCUCAGAGAGAAACUGCAGCUGAUCAGUGCUCUCACAAACAAACCUGAGAGCAGCAGGCCUCCAGAGACUGCCGAUGAAGAGCAAGUUCAGAGUUUCACAUCAAAGCCAUCAGCAUUGCCAAAAUUGCCACGGUCUCUUGGAGGCCAGACUGAGAAAGCUGCCCAGCUAAGGCCUGUCUCCCUACCAGGAAUUUCUAGCAUCGAAGAUCUUCAGGAUUUAUUCCAUAAGACUGGGCAGGAUGUGGAUGGGAAGCUGACCUACCAGGAAAUCUGGGACUCCUUACAUUCUGCUGUGCCAGAACCAGCGCGUUUGAGGGAGUUUGAUUCUGAUGGAGACGGAAGAUACUCAUUCCUGGAGCUAAGAGCAGCUUUAGGUGUCUAGCCUCAUCAGGCUUAUUUUAAAAAUGGAUGUAUGCCCUGGACUACCUAAUAUCUACUCAGCUAACAAAAACAACCCUUCUACCUACCCAUCAAUCCUCCAGUCCUCCAAACUACAGUAGCAGACACAUUGCCACCUUUUAACUUGUUUGAAAAAGCUAUGUAAAAGUUAUUUUUUUAAAAAAGACCAUUUUACUUAUAAUAUGAUCUUCAGAAAUCUAUGAUUUCCUUAAACCAGUAGGAUCUUAAUUUUAAAAUUGCCAGAAGAAAAGUCAAGCCCUCUUUUUUUCUCUUUCCUUUUUUUUUGAGGGGAGGAGACCUUAUCUUUUAAAACUGGAAAAUGUGUAUAUAGAGAGAAUAAGCCACCUUUUAUAUUUCGCAUAAAUUUGCCUUAAAUUAGCUGCACUUUAUACAGACUCAGAAAAUGUCUUUGCUUUAACAGACAGACCUUUUCUGUUUGUAAAUAUUUAAAAUGAAAGAAAGAGUUGUGCAUAUUUUGUGGGAAGUAGGAAGAAUGGUUUGAAACAGGACGUGAACAAAUGACUUGCUGUUAAAAAUUGCUAAUCUGAUCUGGUAGCAGCUUGAAGCUGUGUCCCCAUCUCCUUAAGACAUCCUCUUUGGGUGCUGCCAUGGGGUUUGGCCUGGUGCUGGGGGAGUAGAUUUAGGGAGUGGACACUGGGGACGGUGCUGCCUCCAGGCUCAGGAUUCUGGCUCUUUGGUCUAUCCUCUCAGCUCCUCCCAACCUGUGAACCAGAGAAGUCUUGUUGGGGAUUUUCUCUCUUUUAAUCCUGUUUCAGGAUUUAUGAGCAUAAAAAGUUAUCCAGUGGGAGCUACAUUUCCUCCCUGAGUGAACUAGAUUAUCUUCCCCCACGCACCCACUCAAGUCUACCUUUAAGCCGUAGCUGACUUUCACUUCUGAUACUGUCUCCAUUCUGAAUGGCAGGGCUGCAGUCCUUCGGCCACUGUCUCAGCCUGGCUACUCAGGAACUAUAGAGGAAAGCUCUGCCUCUAAUUUUGAUCCAGGAAACUUCUUGAGAUUUUACCUGGGGCCUAACCAAGAACCUACUAUGUUCUUCUGUGGGCUAAGGCCAAAAAGGUUGUGAAAUGAAACACCUGAAAUCAUAUUAGGUUUCCUGACAAUUACAGCUCAGAAAUAGCUAGAGGCUUUCUGUCCAGAGGAUGCCAAACAUGGCAGGCAGGCCUAGGGCGGGGGGCUUCACGUUAUGGCAGCAAAUCUAAUACAAGCAAGUGCAGUACUUCUCCCAUUAAAUGCUUCUGUAGCCCUGCUACUAAAGGUCCCUGAACUGGAAGGAAUUAUUCCUCCAUGUCACCUCUGUGUGUGCUGUGUUGAUCUUAGAAGCAAUCUUCAGGCAACACAAAAGGAAACCUGCAAAACUUAACUCUGCUGUAGGCCAAGUCAGGGAGAAACUGGAGAAGCUUUCAGACUUCUCUAGUAAAGCUUGUUUCCAUUUUAACUUUGUCCAAGUUGCCCCGUUAGCCACGGAUGCGGUGGAGCACCCUUAAAUAUUUAAGGGCUGUUUUUUUUCUUUAUAUGAUGUUCAGGUCGGUGUUGGCUAACCUUGGGUUUUUUUUCUAGAAAUAUUAAAAUUUAGUUAAAGUAGGAUGAAGUCUUUUCCCAUGAAUGUGUCUGCUUACCUCAUUAUGGCUUACGCUUCUCGCUCUAUUUCUCUCAAACAAUUCCUUUGCCUACCUAUGCUAUUUUACUUUCUUGGAAAGGUUUAAAUAUAGUAUAAAAUUAGCCUGGCACUUUAGGUAACUUGAAGAUAACUUACUCUUCUGGCUGCCUUUCAUGCCCCCCCCUUUUUAAUAUAUAUACCCUUGCAGAUUUUGUAACAACCAAAUAAAAUUCUAGCAAUAAAUUGAAUUAUACUGCUAUAUUUAUAUGUACUGUACCAUAAAUAGUAUGUCUGUACCUGGAAGGUAUUUUUUUGAGAACAGAUUUAUAUGAAGUAUACUUGAGGGUAAUGUAGCUUGUCCUUUUUAGUUUCAAAUUCUUAUUCAUAGGCAAAUACUUGGAGGACACCUUAACUCUUCGUAUAUACUUUUCUUUUGCAUCAGCUGUGCUUUUUAGUUUAGCCUCCAUUCUUCCCACCUGAAGCUUGUCCGCCACCUACCAUCAUCCCUGAGCCAGCUGGAUGGUUCCAUCCUCUCCCCACCAGAUUUGGCAGAAGUGUUCCUGCUGCACCCUCAGACCUGCGAGUACCCUUGCCACACCGCCUGGGAAGGUGCCAUAUCUCCCAGGCAGAACUAGGACAUCUUGAACUCCUUUGUUCUAAGUUGAGCAUAUUCAUUGGCUUAAAAAAAGAAUUCUCAUAAGCCUUUAUCAUUAUUAAUUUGGGAUUUUUAUUUGAAAGUUGUCUUAACUUAUCCAGCCUAUGAUUCGUGUCGAUCUCUAAUCAAGCCUCACCUACCACACCUCAGCCCUGAGAGGAAGGCUAGGUAGUAGUAGUGAGUUUGGUUUUGGUUUUCGUUUCAAAUGCUUUUACCUUUGCACUCCGGCAGCUCCUCCUGCUGCUUUCCUGAGUUACCCAAAGCAUGUCUUCUUGGUCCUGUUUUUCUUUCGCCUUUUAUCUGGUAUAAUGUUUACCUAGAGAGCCUCCCCCAUAAAUCAGAGAGGCAAUGUAUUAUAGGAAGAGAAGAACCAAAAGAAGAGAGAACCUGGCUUAGGGAUGACUGUAGUGUCGUCUUAAAGGCCGAGAAGGGCCUGGCUCUUAGGAUUGUGUCUGAUACAGCACAGCUGAAGAGUGGACACCCUUCACCUGCUGCUGGUUUCUUUCCCUUCCUUUGGCGUUCCCCCUCACGUUAUAUCUCUGGCCGUAACCACAUCUGCACGCCCCCACGCCCCCCAUGUUGGUCCUGCCGGUCACAGUUGAAGAUUUUGACUGUGAUGGGCUCAUACUCAUAUGGCCUGCUGUUGAGUUGUUUUUAGUAUCAGCUUUUGUUUGCUACACCUCAUUGGCUUGCUUACCAACGCCAGUUUGAUAUGGUCCCCUCUUUCAUAUCCAAACCAGAAAACAUUUGGGUAUUCCUGAGACUUUAUAGAGCGUGUACUGUUUGUUAUACGAACCUAACCUACCUUGUUGUUUUCUCAUAUUAAGAAAUGUAAAUCUACUUUGCUUAAGUGGAGCUAUUUUGGUAAUGUUUAAGCAAUUUUGGUUCUGUUUAGGGAGGGAAUUCAAGAUUUCCAUCACUUGAUUUGGGCUUUGCUAAUUUAAUAUCAGUAAUAAAACAAUUUUAAUUUAAAUAAAACAUUUCUUUUUUCUCUCA